AUGAUUGGAUUACUGAUUUGUUUAAUGUAUUGUGGUUGUGUGCGUGGUGUAGCUGGUUAUACAGGAAACGAUGUGGACGCCUUAAUGACACAGCUGUUUACUACAAAUGGGUACAACAAUAAAGUCAGAUCUUCGAUGGAUUUGCCAAGAGUGGCCAUGUCAUCAGCAAAUAAAAGUAAUAUCAAAACAAUAUCAUCUAUAAGCAAUCCUGAUUCUACAUUACUUUCUGUCAUAGAAUUCGAUGAGCAAGACGAGGUUUUGAAAACUGCAGGAUAUUUGUACAUACAAUGGCAAGACCAGUACCUUUCUUGGAUACCAUCUAGUUACAAUAAUACGGACAAGCUGUUUGUUCCGCAAGAUGAUAUAUGGAAACCGGAUGUGUCCUUACGGAACACCUUCAAAACUUUUACUGGUCUUGGUUCCUCCUAUUUGAACGUCAUAGUUACCCCAGAAGGAUAUGUCACCUGGUACCCGUUUCAGAUAUUGGAAUCAACAUGUGCGGUAGACAUUACCUAUUUUCCAUUUGACAAACAGUUAUGUGACAUAAAAUUUACAGCCUGGAGUUAUCAAAAAACAGAAGUGGACCUAAACGCAGGAUCAAACGGUGUUACCCUAGAUGAGUUUUCUCCAAAUGCACAAUGGAAACUCACUGAUACAAAAUAUGAGGAGAUCAACACUGGCGAAGCGGCUGUAAUUUUUCAAAUAGAGCUUACAAGAAAGUCAAGCUUUUAUGUAAUUAAUGUAAUCAUGCCGGUUAUUUUAUUAUCGGUUCUCAAUAUAUGUACAUUUUUACUUCCGGUAGCAUCUGGAGAGAAAGCUGGUUACUCCAUAACAGUUUUCCUAUCAUUAGCAGUCUUUCUUACAAUAAUUGCGUCCGAACUACCGAAAAACUCAGAUGUGGUCUCUCUGAUGUCAGUUUAUCUUACGUUAAUGGCCUUAUUAAGUACAUUUAUUGUUGUAGUUUGUCUAAUACAGAUCCGCUUGUCCGUCCGAUCAACAUCCGAUACUCCUAUAAAUCGGGUGUUUCUCUUUCUUAUCAAAUUAUCAAUGAUUAUGAGAUGCCAAAAAUGCUCAGAAAAGAUUAGCCCCUCUUCAAAGUCGAUCCCUGUUACAGAAAGAGACACCGAAAAGCAAAACAAAAGCAAUAAUGAAAAGGAAAACGUCAUUGGCAGCGAUGACAGUUACAACUGGACAGAUGUCAUUGAUGCUAUAGAUUAUUUAUUUUUUUGGCUGUCACUACUCUUCACCUUUUUGUGUACAACUAUCAUAUUUGGCAUUUCAGUAAACAAUUAA